CUAAAGUUACAUACGACAUUGUUAUACACGUUUCUAACUUCAAUAGAAUUUAAGGGAAUGAUGUACAAAUCUCAAAGGUGUGCGUUAUACCUGACACCUAGAUGAACACUUUACAGUUGGAUGUGUGAUUGUUCAUCAUUCCCUUCAAAUGCUAUUGAGCUUUAAAUUAUGGUAUAUUUUGUGUAUGAGCCCAUGCAGUAGUAAAAUACAUGGCAAAAUUUAUAUAUGAUUUAAUAGUUUAUUUUGUUAAAUAUCAAAAGUCUAAGAGGUGUGCAUUAUAGCUGACACCUAGAUGAACACUUUACAGUUGGUUAUAUGACUGUAAGUCAUUCCCUUCAAAUGCUAUUGAAGUUAGAAACGUGUUUAACAAUCUCGUAUCUAACUUUAGAGACGGUCCCUUAAUUUCCGCAUAUCCGCGAAUAUCGAACGUCCAACAUCAAACCAACUUUAUUCCAGUACAAAACAUGGCAUCUCUGCUCCCAGAGUUACUGUUUGAGAUCAGUGGUCAGGCACCUUCUCCUUCUAAAGAUUUCGUUCAGCUCACUGUAACAAAAACACAGGUAAUAUGGAGGUGGUGGAAGAUUUCUCUGCAUGUCAAGUUGCAAGGCAUGUCGCCUGGAGAAAUGAAACACAGUCAUGAGGAGUUUCUAAAUGAUAACAGACUACAGCGACAAGUUGGUUUGGUGUUUGGGUCACAGAUCCUGGAGUACACACUUGGCCUCUGUGAAGGGAGGUUUGAUUAUCUGGAGCGUUUGCCUGAUAAUCUGCUGCUGUAUUUUCUUUCCUAUAUGAGCUACCAGGAUAUCUGCCACCUCAGCCAGACCUCACACCGUUUCAAGAAGCUGUGUGACUCUAAUAAAGUAUGGCAGCAGGCAGUGCGGCGUAGCAGUAUUGAUAUCACACCCGAAAUAGAGACGCUGGCCAAGAGGUUUGGCUGGAGGAAGAUCUACAUCACUUUCCAUGAUAUUAAAGCCCAACUUGGUAGCGAGAAAGACAUAUCCAUGGACAUGGGUGAAGAUGAGGACAAACAUGAACCACAUGAAUCCCUUUAAACAUGGCUCCUAGAAGCAUUAUGUAAAUCUCUGUGAUAUUUUGCUUGUAUUUUCUCAUUUGUAAGUCGCUUUGGAUAAAAGCGUCUGCUAAAUGAAUAAAUGUAAAUGUAAAUUUAUUGUUCUUAUGUUUGCAGUGUUAUCAUUAAUAAACUUUCCUGACACGCUUGUUCCCCAA